AUGGCCGUGGCUUUGGACGCAGUUUGGGUGAGGGUGAAGAAUGUCUGCAAGCAGAAUGGGCUCCUCAUCAUGUCGGUGCUGGCUGUGGUCAUCGGGUGUCUUUUGGGAUUCUUCCUGCGGACAAGGCGCCUCACAGAGCAGGAGGUAAAGUACUUUCAGUUUCCUGGAGAGCUGCUGAUGAGGAUGCUGAAGAUGCUGAUUCUCCCACUCGUCGUGUCCAGUUUGAUGUCAGGACUGGCUGCCCUCGAUGCCAAGUGCUCCAGUCGGCUUGGUCUGAUCACAGUGUCUUAUUACCUGUGGACCACCUUUGUAGCCGUGAUAGUGGGGAUCAUCAUGGUCUCCAUCAUCCACCCUGGUGGUGCAGCCCAGAAGGAGGACUCAGAGGAUAGCGGCAAGGCAAUCAUGAGUUCUGCUGAUGCUCUGCUCGACCUUAUCCGCAACAUGUUCCCAUCUAAUUUGGUCCAGGCCACAUUUCAGCAGUAUCGAACAAGUAGCGAGUACAUUGUGAAACCCAAGCCCACAGUGAGUCUGAGCCAAUCAGAGUCAACCACACGGCGAGCACUCAUCUAUGGUAUCCAAGAUGAUAAUGGAACUGACAUCCAGAACUUCGCCCUUGACCUGACUCCACCCCCUGACGUGCUCAUACGCACUCGGGAAGGAACAAGUGAUGGCAUGAAUGUCCUUGGAAUUGUUAUUUUUUCAGCCACAAUGGGCAUUAUGUUGGGAAGGAUGGGACCAAAUGGCAGCGCCUUGGUGAACUUUUGUCAGAGUCUGAAUGAGGCUGUCCUCAGAAUUGUUGCCAUUGUCAUAUGGUACUUCCCAUUUGGCAUCGUGUUUCUGGUGGCCGGUAAAAUCCUGGAGAUGAGUGAUCCGUCAGACAUGGGGAAGAAGCUGGGUUUCUAUGCCAUCACUGUGGUGUUCGGUCUGGUGUUGCAUGGCUUGUUCAUCCUGCCUUCCAUGUACUUCUUCAUUACCAAAAAGAGCCCAAUCGUUUACAUUCGGGGAAUCCUGCAAGCUCUGCUCAUCGCCCUUGCAACCUCCUCCAGCUCUGCCACAUUGCCUAUUACCUUCAAGUGCCUCUUGGAGAACAACCACAUCGACCGUCGUAUCAUCCGAUUUGUGCUUCCUGUGGGCGCCACUAUCAAUAUGGAUGGCACUGCUCUCUACGAGGCUGUGGCAGCGAUAUUCAUCGCACAAGUUAAUAAUUAUGAGCUGGACUUUGGCCAGAUCAUCACCAUCAGCAUCACAGCCACUGCAGCCAGCAUUGGAGCUGCAGGGAUACCUCAAGCCGGACUGGUCACCAUGGUGAUAGUGCUAACAUCCGUUGGGUUGCCAACCGAUGACAUCACUCUUAUUAUUGCAGUAGACUGGGCACUAGACAGAUUCCGCACCAUGGUGAAUGUAAUGGGCGAUGCUUUGGCUACAGGCAUCAUGGCACACAUCUGCAGGAAAGACUUCUUGAAAGAGGGAGAUGGGGUGCCACUGAUCUGCGAGGCCAAACCCACCCUGAGCACCACACCUUUGAUGAACUGUCACAACAACAAUGGCAACUACCGGCCCCCUUCCUCAGGGAUCAAACCUGAGCUCCUCCCUCCCGACGUGGCCCGGCUCAUGCAGCUUGAAGAGGGCGUGCGGCCGCUGACAGAGAGGAAGAAGCCACAGAUUCCUCCAAGGCAACUGAAGAAGGGCAAAGGACAGUGCAACAUUGACAUGAAUGGCCUUGAGACCAACGUAUAG